UGGAACCGGAGAGUUCCUGCGUUCUGAGGUCGAGUAGAUUCUGUUUGGCUUCCGAGAAAAAUAGAAAGAAACAGGGGAAGAGAUCAAAGAAGGCGGAAAAUGGCGGGAGGAGCUUUUGCCACGGACGGACCCGUCAGCGGCUUUAACGGCAAGAUAACGGCGUGGGUGGUGAUUACAUGCGUCGUCGCUGCGUCUAGCGGCCUCAUAUUUGGCUAUGACAUCGGAAUUUCAGGAGGUGUAACGACAAUGGUACCAUUUCUAAAGAAAUUUUUCCCAUCAAUACUAAGGAAGAAAGCCGAAGCCAAAACAAACUUGUAUUGUGUGUAUGAUAGCCAAGUUUUGACAGCAUUCACAUCUUCGCUCUACAUAGCCGGGUUAGCAGCAUCAAUGGUUGCAAGCCGUCUAAUAACGGGGUUGGGCCGCAGGAAUAUCAUGGUCUUGGGUGGCUGCACAUUUUUUCUUGGAGCCGCCAUUAACGGUGGUGCUGCGAACAUCGCUAUGCUCAUAUUAGGCCGAAUCCUGCUUGGAUUUGGGGUUGGUUUUACUAACCAAGCAACUCCGGUCUACCUCUCGGAGGUAGCACCUGCCAAGUGGCGUGGCGCAUUCAACACGGGGUUUCAGUUCUUCAUCGGAAUUGGGGUGGUGGCAGCCAACUGCAUAAACUAUGGCACGGCCAAGCACAGCUGGGGCUGGCGGCUCUCCUUGGGCCUCGCCAUGGUCCCCGCCGCUAUCAUGACAAUAGGAGCGCUCCUAAUCUCGGACACGCCUACCAGCUUAGUGGAGCGUGGCAAACUAUCCCAAGCGAAACAGUCCCUUCUCAAGGUCCGAGGCAAGCACUCUGACGUGGAAGCCGAGCUGGCCGAGCUUAUGAAGUGCAGCGAAAUCGCCAAAGCAGCCAAUCAAGAGCCCUUCAUGACCAUAUUUGAGAGGCAAUACCGUCCUCAUCUCAUUAUGGCAAUUGCCAUACCCUCAUUUCAACAGCUCACUGGGAUCAACAUCAUUGCUUUCUAUGCGCCGGUGCUGUUUCAAUCCGUAGGAUUUGGAAGUGAUUCAUCUUUAAUAGCUUCAAUCAUACUUGGUUUGGUCAAUCUUGCAUCCAUCCUUGUGUCUACGUUUGUUGUCGACCGGUAUGGUCGGAGAUUUUUGCUCUUGGUUGGCGGGAUCCAAAUGUUUGUAUGUCAGAUUGCGGUGGCUUGUGUGCUAGCGGCUACAUCCGGUGUUUCUGGGACCAAGCUCAGCGAGGGCUACGCCAUCUUGGUGCUGGUGCUAAUGUGCUUCUAUGCUGCCGGAUUUGGAUGGUCAUGGGGUCCUCUAGCCUGGCUAAUUCCAAGUGAAAUCUUUCCCAUGAAUAUUCGACCCACGGGCCAAAGCAUCAGCGUUGCUUUUAACUUUGGUACUACGUUUGUGUUGUCACAAACAUUUGUGACGAUGCUCUGCCACUUCAAGUACGGGACAUUCCUGUUCUAUGCCGGUUGGAUCGCCGCAAUGACCAUUUUUGCCGCGCUUUUUGUACCGGAGACGAAAGGAAUUCCUUUAGACUCCAUGUAUGCUGUGUGGGAGCAGCAUUGGUAUUGGGGUCGGUUUGUCCAAGCGCCAUCACACGGACAGACGUAUCAGUGAAUAAAUUAUCAAGAGAUUAAUUAGGUGGAGUC